UUAGUUAUUCCACCAAUCAGCGUUGUGGAUGCAAAGAAAACACCGACAAUGGUUUAUCUUGUAAGGUUGGAGCAAAAAGUCGAAAGUUUUGCAUUGCAAACACGACUGAUCAUCUUAUUUUUUCAGGUGAUCUUCAAUGCUGUUAUUCCUGACCAUGAUGCUGAAGUGUUCAACCCUCCAACAUCCCCAACCCACAACCAGACAGCAGUGGACAGUAUCUUGGACAUCGGAGUGGGUGGACUCCGAAGAUGGGAUGCAGUGUACUUCAUCCAUGUUGCGGAGCAUGGUUACAUCUAUGAGAAUGCUGUAGCAUUCUUCCCCCUAUACCCAGUCAUGGUGGGAAAAAUCGCCGAUGUUUUCUACUGCUUCUCAUUUGCAGGUCAGAUCAUGUCCAAGUUAAACCUCUGCUUAAUCAUUGGCGUGGCGCUGAAUGUCUACUUCUUCACAAAGGCAGCAUCAACGCUGUUUCACUUGGGAGUCCAGGUUCUCAAAGAUGAGAGAUUAGCAUACAAGGCAGCUUUGUUGUUCUGCAUCACCCCAGCCAGCAUCUUCAUGACAGCUCCCUACUCCGAAUGUCUUUUUACCUACCUCUUCUUCUCCGGACUCCUGGCUUUUGCCAGUGGUGACACAAUGAAGGCAGCAUUUUGGUUUGGACUAAGUGGAACUACACGGUCAAAUGGCCUUGUAGCAAUCGGGUUCAUCUUGUUCAGGAGAGCUAAGGGGUUUAUGUCCAGUAUGCAACAAGCGACAAAAGCGAGAUUUGAAACCAUGAUCGAAAAGGGGAUGAUGAUGGCGUCAAUGACACAUCUGUAUCUGACACCAGCCAUUGUUGCGGUUGUGUUAUGUGCUGGCCCGUUCUGUUUGUAUCAAUAUUACAUUUACAGAAUAUUCUGUUUGUCAAAUGAUGCAGAUUUACCAAAUCACCUUGUUCGCUAUGGCCGCUCCCAGAACUACAAGCUUGUGAGUGAUGCUCCAUCCCCAUGGUGUUCACAGUUACUUCCCUUGUCCUACAGCUACAUCCAGAAGCACCACUGGGGUGUGGGCUUUCUCCAGUACUAUGAGCUGAAGCAGGUCCCCAACUUCUUGCUUGCCACCCCCAUGCUGGUGCUGAGUGUGUGUGCAUGCGUGUACUACUACAGGCUCAACACAGACUGCUGCCACAGACUCGGCAUGGUACAGGAGGGACAGACCGACAAGAAGACAGACUUACAGAAAGGAAACUUUGGCUUCAAGAACACCAGACUUUUCAUCUAUGUUGGUCAUCUAGUGUUCAUGACUGUCUUUGGAAUUUUCUUUGUACACAUUCAGAUAAUGACCCGUCUCCUUGCGUCCACCUCCCCUGUGAUCUACUGGUUUGCUGCUCGACUCAUCACGGAGAGGACCUACCAUGACAACUUCUCCUCCAACCAGUACAACAUCUUCUCCCCACAGAGAGUCCAGCGCAUUGAGAAAGGGGCCAACCUGCAGCAGGCUCAGAAGGGGAACCUGCUCAUUGACCAGAUCUCCGACUUCUGGAAGCAGAGCACCAACACUAAACUUGUGCUGUUCUACUUCAUGUUUUACUUUGUAGUUGGGACAGCAGCUUUUGCCAACUUCCUCCCCUGGACAUAAUUACCCAAUUACUGCGCUGCCAUGUUAUCUGCCAUGUUAUGGCUGCAUCACAAACACUCAUCUGUACUGCUAGAGAGGGUGCUAUGUCUUGUCUUAGUAUGAACAUGCUUUGGGUGGGAUGGUUUGUCCCGAGGUCUUGACCUACAUGUGAUCUUAGCACAAGUAUGCAGUAGUAGGAACUAAUUAUAAUAUCUGUACAGGAAAACCUUCCAAAAUGAAAUACCGGUAGUUUACGCAAUAUUGAUACUGUAUCGUCAUAUAAUAAUAUCAUUCAGCCAUAGGACUACUUCCUGAUUGUAAGUAUGAAAUGGUCAGCUGUAGACUUAAGACAGAUUAUCAAUUUAUCCAGUUGUAAAUGAAAGUCAAUUACCAAAGAAGUGUUAAGCAUUGAUCUGAGGGUUAUAAGUAUGAUCUCACAUGAAAGUAUUUGUAAAUGGUGUUUAUCAAGCGUAAGGUUCUUAAUAUUUUUUAUACUCUGAAAUUAUAUGAUUGAGAUAGUGUGACAAAAUGUGUGUCAACCACACCGAUGAUGGCAAGACAUCUUUGUGUAAUUCAGACUACUCUUAUUAGUACUUCCAGACAAGUAUUCCAACAAUGAAUCUGUUUCAUCCCUAGUGUUUUGAGGUACUGAUAGUGACAGUGCCAAUCUGUGAGGCACAACUUGCUAGAAUUAUGCACAGCAAUAAGGUGUUCAUUGCAGAUAUGGGCUUUUAUCCACGAUGUACUAGCAACAUUAGAAAUUAGCACUGGUCCUAUAGUCCUUGCCAAACUGCCAAACAGUUAAGGUAUCAUAAGGACUAGUAGAAAUUAGCCAUUAUUAAGGGUUUAUUCUAUAUGUUAUCAUUAUAAGGACUAGUGGACUAAAACAGAUAGUUUCUAUCCCUGGUACUAGUAAUACCUGGAGACAAAAGAAGUCUUCUGAUAUUCAGUGUAUUGGUACUAUGACAUUUUAUGAGUCAAUGGUCAUUGUUCGAAAGGCAGCUAUUAUCAUGAUUGUUUCACUUUUAGAUAUGAAUAGUACCAUAUUCCUCAUUGUGUGUCCAUCUGCAUUAUUUCUUGCUGGUUUGAUCAGGGAAACUUUGUUGGUGAUAUCAGGAAAAAUGUUGGAAUUUUUCACAAGUUUAGAUUUUGAAAAAAUUAAUAUUGUUUCAUGUCUAAUAUUGGCAAACAGAUGUGUUUUAUUUAACCAUUAUAACACUUUUAGGUGGUUAUGUCCAAAAAAUGACCCAGGGAAAAUAAGAAAUCCCCCCCACCCCCACACCACACACACACACUCUAUUAGGUGGUCCAUUAUUAGGUCUAGAUUUACAUAAUUUUAUGCAUAAAGAUAUGUAUUUCCAACAAGAACAUAUACAAGUGUUUAUUCACACAGCAGACAACAUGACCUGCUCAGAUUUACUCACUCAUCAAUCUACAUGCAUGACAAGCUGUGUGAUGUAUGAAAAGCAGCCCUGUACUCAAGGCAGGGCAGCGGCCACACACUACCUCACUGUGUGUCUCACGCUGUCAAGUGGAAUACUGGAGUGUUUCAAACAUUUUAAUUUUGAGAUUGUCAUCAUUCUAACAUUACCAUGUUUUUUUAAUUACCUGUAGCUUUUUUAUGUUUAUGUGUGCUGUUGUGUAUCUGCUGGCCACUCAUGUAGUGAGUUUUUAGAUGGGCAGUUGUGUGAUGAUAAUCACGAUUGUCAUGCCGCCAUAUUUAGUUAUAUGAUCAUGCUAUUAGUGAUCAGUAUCAAAAAGGGCAAGUAUACAAUCCUUUUAAAAUGCCAUGAAUAAUUGGCCUACUUUUAAGGUGCCAUCAAUAUAUUUUAUAGAAUACAAAUAAAGAGUUCCAUGAACAGUU